GCAAGGAAGGUGGCAGGGGAGAGAAAGAGCGAGCGAAGGAGGAUUUGUGCACCCCGGCGUGGAUGGAGCCAUCCGCACGCCCGGCAGAAAGCGACUGAGUGUGGAGUGUGAUGCAGAAUCACUUGCAUCCCUUCCAGGCUUUGGGAACCCGAGAGGAGCCGGUUGCUGCCAUCCUUGCUAGCAGAGAUUAUGGGUUGCUGCUGCAGUUCAGACUUUGAUGAUGACUGGGCUGAAAACAUUGAAAUCUGUGCUGAGUGCCACUACCCUAUCGACCCGGCCACCAGGCCCCAGAGGCUGGCUCUGAAUGGAUCCCAUCUGUCCGAUCCUCUGAUGCUUGGCGAGAUACUCCCUCCUCCCAGCUCACCUCUUCAAGAUAAACUGGUGGUUGCUCUGUAUGAUUACGACUCAACCCAUGAGGGAGACCUGGUGCUCCGAAAGGAUGAACAAUUGCGGAUCCUGGAACAGAAUGGGGAGUGGUGGAAAGCCCAGUCCCUCGCCACCGGGCAAGUUGGCCUCAUUCCAUCCAACUUCGUUGCUAAGGUGAACACUCUGGAACAAGAGCCCUGGUUCUUCAAGGCCAUCAGCAGGAAGGACGCGGAGCGGCAGCUCCUGGCCGCGGGCAACACGCAGGGCGCCUUCCUCGUGCGGGAGAGCGAAUCCUCCAAAGGUUCCUACUCCCUCUCUGUGCGGGACUUUGACCAGAACCAGGGAGAUGUUGUCAAGCACUAUAAAGUCCGAAAUAUGGACAAUGGUGGAUUCUACAUUUCUCCUCGCAUCACUUUCGACAGCCUGCACAACCUGGUGGAACAUUAUACGUACAACCUGGAUGGGCUGUGCACCCGCCUGGGCAAACCCUGCCAGACCCAGAAGCCACAGAAGCCCUGGUGGCACGAUGAGUGGGAGGUUCCUCGGGAGACUCUCAAGCUGGUGGAGAAACUGGGAGCAGGACAGUUCGGGGAAGUUUGGAUGGGUUACUACAACGGGCACACAAAGGUGGCCAUCAAGAGCCUGAAGCAGGGCAGCAUGUCGCCGGAGGCCUUCCUGGCUGAAGCCAACCUGAUGAAGAAGCUGCGGCACAAGCGGCUGGUGCGGCUCUACGCAGUGGUGACCCAGAAGCCCAUGUACAUCAUCACGGAGUACAUGGAGAAGGGAAACUUGGUGGAUUUCCUCAAAGCUGCUGAAGGCACCCAGCUGACCAUUUUCAAACUGCUGGACAUGUCUGCACAGAUAGCAGAAGGGAUGGCUUUCCUGGAGAAGAAGAAUUAUAUCCACCGGGAUCUGCGAGCUGCAAACAUCUUGGUAUCAGAGACACUCUGCUGCAAGAUUGCUGAUUUUGGCCUGGCCCGGAUUAUAGAAGAUGAGUACACAGCUCAAGAGGGAGCAAAGUUCCCCAUUAAAUGGACAGCUCCAGAGGCCAUUAAUUACGGAACAUUCACCAUCAAAUCAGAUGUCUGGUCGUUCGGCAUCCUGCUGACAGAAAUCGUCACCUAUGGCCGGAUUCCUUACCCAGGGAUGAGCAACCCAGAGGUCAUUCAGAAUUUAGAGCGUGGCUACCGGAUGCCGAUGCCAGACAACUGUCCAGAAGAGCUGUACAAAUUGAUGCUGCAGUGCUGGAAGGACAGCCCGGAGGAGCGGCCCACUUUUGAGUACCUGAAAGGCGUCCUGGAGGACUUUUUCACUGCAACAGAAGGACAGUAUGAGCAGCAGGUGUGAGCGGGGCCUCCAACAAGGGCCCUGGACAAUGACAGGCUUUCCCUGCAAAUGAUAAUAAACGCCGGACCCUCCUGAGAAAAGGACCACCACGAAGGCCUGGGACCCGACGGGAACCCUGUUCCUUGUGGCUUGGAAGCCUUCCUCCUAAUCCUGAUGAUGCUGGGGAGGGAUGGCACAGCAGGCGCCGGACACGUGUUUCUGACACUGGCUCACACAUUCCAGGAUGAAGGAACAGGUUCUGGGGCUAAUCUCUAGCAAGCCAUGGCUUAGAACAAGCCCUUGCCUUCCUCCUCCUGAUCAACGCUUAAUUUGUUCAAGGAAAAGGAGGGUCAGCCCUGUCAGGGGCCCUCACCUGGGUGUGAAGUGCUCUGACAAUCAACCCAGCUCUGAUGGCUUGCCAGAUUAUAAUCUCAGAGUGGAGGCCUGGUCAUGUUUUUGCAGAGGAGUGUGUGUGAGAGAGUGAUGGUGCUAGAAAAGCAAUUAACCAGUAGAAGAGUACUUAUUAGUGAGAAGGCACUCUGUCCAUGCACUGAGGCACUUGCUUCCUUGGGACCACCACAUAACAUGUUCCAGAACUAAGUACUGGCAAUGGAAACAAACUCCAAGAUGGUCCUGGACAAAGUCACUAGGAGCACUCCUGAAAAUAGUACACAGCAAAUAUGGCCACUAAAGGCACAAGAAGCAGCCUAUUUGCUCUGAAUUCUUGGUUUAGCAGAGAAAAGAUAACAAACUGCAGUGGCGUGUUUGCGUGUGCUGACUCGUGCUGAACCUGAUUCCAAACCUGUGGCCGUGUCUCCCUCCGAGUGCGCAGAGCGCUGUCUCACAGUCUGUGGAUGGGGGCAAAAUGAGAGGGACCCAGGAUUCAUGGAUCGGGGAGGGGAAACCGGCAGGGCUGCAAGAGGACAGCGAGUGUGGCGCAGGGGUCGGGGGUUGAAGCGGCAUGUGCUGGGCAGCCUGUGCAGAGGGAAGGAGACCCUGCACGUGAGCUGGGUUUUCUCCACUCUGUAUGUACUUGCUGUGCGCCAAAUCCCCAGCCUGCUGUCUCACAUGGAAUCUGCCUUUCGCUUCCAGCUGAAAUAUAUGCUGCUUUAUAUAUGGAUAUACACCAUUUUGCAUUCCACAGAAAUGUAGGUAUUUUCUUGACUGAGCGAUUUUAGAGAUUUAUUCCCCACCCUACAAUAAAAGCCCUGGUGAGGUUGACCCAAGAUCAUUUUUCUUUGGUGUUUGCAGUGUGCAGAAGCAGACUCAAAGCAGCUCAGGUUCAGCAAGCUGUAUCUUAAUAAACUUCGGAGAAGCUGGGACCAA